AUGAGGGUCAAGCAAGUUAACUUGCUGAUGGCGCUCAUCGUGGUCAUGCUCUUCAGCUUCUCCUGUUUCUGUAUCUACAGGAUGACUCAGACCAGUAAUCAAUUAAUUAAUUGUAGAAACCAUAUUUUGGAGUUUAAGGAAAAUUUUCUACAUUUAAAAAACAAAACUGAAAGAAAUCGCCGAGAGCUGAUGGAAGCCUUGAGUAAAAUGAAGUAUGACAAUAGACAGCGUGCAGAUGUACCCGUAAAGUUGGGUAAGAAGGAAGUGACUACAUUGGAUAAGAAUGAAACAGUGUCUAACACAUUUGAAGUCUUAAAGUUCUUUCUCCCUCAUCUGAGGAAAGUAGGCAGAGUUUAUCCUGAUGUAAUCAUCAGCAAAAAGAAAGAAGGCGUGUCUUUUGCACUGGGCAUUUCCACUGUUAAGAGACGAAAUUAUAGUUACCUGAAGCAAACGCUGACCUCGCUUGUUUCCAGGAUGACGCUUUCGGAGGAGAAGGACUCGGUAGUGAUCGUCUCUAUUGCAGAUAGUAAUGAAGAGUAUUCAAAAUCUGUUGUUGACAUGAUUACAAAAAAAUUCAAAAGGCAAGUGAAGUCUGGAUCCUUAGAGGUCAUUUCAAUACCUGCCUUUUUUUAUCCAGACACGUUACAUGCCAUGCAAUCAGCUGAGGACUCCCAAAAACUAGAGAGUUGGCGAAUCAAACAAGUUUUGGAUUUUUGUUUUUUGAUGCUGUAUGCCCAACCCAAGGCCAUGUAUUAUCUACAGCUAGAAGAUGACAUCAUAGCUAAAAAGAUGUACUUUACAAAAAUCAUAGAUUUCGUACAUAGUAUCACUUCAAAUAAUUGGUUUUAUAUUGAGUUUUCAGUUCUUGGAUUUAUAGGAAAGCUAUUUAAAUCUGAGGACUUAACUGACUUCAUACAGUUUUUUUUAAUGUUCUACAAAGAUAAACCCAUAGACUGGCUGUUGGCGGACAUUUUUCAGGUGAAGAUGUGUACCCCAGGAGAAACUCCUGAGAAAUGUGUAGAACGAAAUAAGCAAAUUCGUAUUCGAUAUAAACCUUCCCUUUUCCAGCAUGUGGGCAUACAGUCAUCAUAUCCUGGAACUGAACAAUAUUUAAAAGAUAUCUACUAUUAGGAGUUACAUAAUUCUAACACCUUUUAUAAUGAUCAGAAUUCUUCGGAAAAAAAUGGCAUAACAAGGAUUAGACUAUUUCCCAACCUACUUCAUAGUGGAUAAGCGACUAUGUCAUAUUUUUAAAAAGUUAAACCUUCAGUU